AUGGUCAGCCCAAAGCCCGCUGCUGGCACCGCCGGCCUCAUCCUCCUCUCGGGAUCGCUGGUCCUCAUCUUCUUCGUCAUCCUCUCGGGUGUCGCCAACACGUCGCCUCUCAACAAGACGUACUUCCUCGAGGCCGACACCUCGGGCAUCUCCGGCGCCCGCGACGUCACCCGCUGGACCUACUUCUACUUCUGCGGUGACAACAACCGCGACUGCUCGAACCCCCGUCCGGCGCCCGCCUUUGGCCGUGCCUGGGACGGGAACGCCGCCAACGUGCCCGAAGGCCUCAUCGGUGGCCAUGGCGGCGAUACCACGAGCCGCUUCUACUUCUACAUGUGGCGCUUCGGCUGGGUCUUCUAUCUCAUCGCCCUCUUCUUCAUCGUCUGCGCCUGGUUCUCCUCCUUCCUCGCCUGCUGCGGCCGCCUCGGCUCUGCUAUUGCUGGCCUCGUCUCCGCCGCCGCUCUCUUCUUCUACACCAUUGCCGUCUCCCUCAUGACUGCCACUUUCGUCAAGGCCCGCGAUGAGUUCCGCUCCGCCGACCGUUCUGCCAACAUUGGCACCUAUGCGUUUGGUUUCUCCUGGGGCGCCUGGGCCGCUCUCUUCCUCGCCACCAUCGCCUUCUGCUUUGGCCUGCGCGGUGACAAGACGGCAUCCUCCGGUGGCCUUGGCGGUGGACGCCGCUGGGGACGCCGCCGUCACAGCACCCGCUCGCGCCGCAGCCACGACCUCGGCAGUCGCCGUGUCAAGGACGAUUACUCCUAA